AAUCGUUUUCAAGGUGACCGUUCAGUUUGUUUUAGUAGUUGGGAUAGCGUAGACCUCAAGUUAUAAGGAGAGAAAAAUGGAAUUCGGAUUUUUGUGGGCUGUUGCUUUUAUUCAAGCUGCUACAGGUGGUAAGAACCUGGAUGACGGUCUAUUACAAAAUGUCACAUACGGUAGAAAUGAAACAAUUAAAAUGAGCUAUGAGGACGUGUACGCGCUUCAUCAUGCCGUCACGUUUGAAAGAAGAAGAUGGAAAAAUGCGGUGGUUCCUUAUGUAAUGGACGAAGCAUUUACCGAGAAAGAACGAGUUCGAAUAGCCAAUGGAAUGAUGGAGAUUGGUCAUGACAGUUGUAUUCGUUUCACUACGUAUAAUGCAAGAAUACAUACGUCGUAUCUGUCGAUCAUAAAGGACUAUGAACAUGAAUUGAUCGCGCGAUCUGAUUACGGAUGUUGUGGGAGUUCAGAACCAUCUACAUUAGAAUUUGGCUCUUCCAGGCUUUCUAAAGAAGACUACAAUGUCACCAUUCUCCAUGAACUUCUUCACGUGCUAGGAAUCGGUCAUCAACAUCAACGUUCGGACAGAAACGAUUACGUCAAAUUUCAUAUAGAAAAUAUGGAUCUAAAUAAAACAAACCUUCAAGCAGAUUAUUGGAGAGCAGUGGAACCAGAUAAAACCAUUGAAUUUGUAACACAGUUUGACUUUGAGUCUGUGAUGCUGUAUUCUCCAUACGCACACUCUAAGAAUAAUGAGUACCCGACUAUAAGUUCUAAGAUUGUGGAUAAAAAAAUGCUUCGAACCUCCGAAAAGCGUCACCUAUCGAAGGGCGACAAAGUUUUGUUGAAUGAAUUCUAUAAAUGUGCGGACAAAAAUCAAGCAGAUGGUCAUUAUUCGUUGACAGAGGAGCCUUUUAGGCCAUUCGAUCUUUCAGCAGUGAAGUUUCCUAACUGCACAUCUGUCGGAGGAUGUCUUAAUGAUACUUUGCUGAACGAAACGAUGGCUGCAGAAUAUCCCGUUAAAUAAAAAGGGUUUAUUUACAAUUACGGGAUGAAAUAUUUUCGUAUAAUCGAAAUUUUUAUGUGCAACUAUUUUCAUGAAUACUUUACAGUUUCGCGUGAAAGUUUUUUAUUUAUUU